AUGCCUCCUAAGUUGGACCCCAAUGAGAUCAAGGUGAUCUACCUUCUCGCCACCGGCGGUGAGGUCGGCGCUUCGUCCGCGCUUGCCCCCAAGAUCGGUCCCCUCGGUCUGUCCCCGAAGAAGGUCGGCGAGGAUAUCGCUAAGGCGACUGGUGACUGGAAGGGCCUCCGCGUCACGGUCAAGCUCACAAUCCAGAACCGUCAAGCGGCCGUCUCGGUCGUGCCCACCGCCUCAUCACUCAUCAUCCGCGCCCUCAAGGAGCCCCCCCGCGACCGCAAGAAGGAGAAGAACAUCAAGCACAGCAAGUCUGUCGCUCUGGAGGAGAUCAUCGAGAUUGCGCGGACGAUGCAGCACAAGUCCUUCUCCAAGACGCUGGAGGGAGGAGUCAAGGAGAUUCUGGGAACGGCGAACAGCGUCGGAUGCCAGGUGGAUGGAAAGAGCCCCAGAGAUAUCACGGCCGCGAUCGAGGCGGGCGAGAUUGAGAUUCCUGAGAAAUAA